AUGAUACUACUACUAUCCAUAAAUCUCCCUACAAUCUUGAUUUUCUACAUCCUCCACAAAACCAAACCUCAGACAGUAACCACUCUACCACCCGGCCCGCCGCCUUUGCCACUGAUCGGAAACAUCCAUCAGCUCGGCAGGGCGGCAGAGCCACACAUUUACCUCCACCACCUCUCCAAGAAAUACGGCCCCAUCAUCCACAUGAAACUAGCCUCCAGACCUCUCCUAGUAAUAUCCUCAGCCAAAUUAGCCAAACAAGUACUAAAAAUCCAAGAUUUGGCCUUUUGCAGUACACCUAAUUUCCUAGGGCAGCAAAAACUCUCCUACAACAGCUCCGACGUUGCAUUCACACCGUUCAACGAACAUUGGAAGGAAAUACGAAAGACGACACAGAUUCAUCUAUUAGGCAACAAAAGGGUUCAAUCUUAUCGCCAUGUUCGCGAAGAGGAGAUCUCUCGCAUGAUCACGGAGAUCUAUUCUUCCACCUCCGAAGAAGUGGAUUUGAGCGAGGUGGUCUUGUCCACCGGCAUCCGUAUUCUAUGUAGGAUCACUUUUGGGAAGAGGUACGAGGAGGGAGGGUCGGAGAGGAAGGUAUUCCAUCGUAUUCUUCGGGGGUUUGAUGCGCUCGCAACCGUUUUCUUUGUGUCUAAUUACUUUCCCGCGUUUGGUUUGGUGGAUAAGAUAAGUGGGAGAGUGAAGAGAGCUGAUGUGAUGUGUAAGGCCAUGGAUUCGUUCUAUCAGGAGCUCAUCGACGAACACCUCGAAUCGAAGAAGAUCAAAGAUGAGGAGGAAGAUAUGCUUGCUGUGUUGAUGAAGCUUAAAAAUGAUGAUGAGUCUUCUAGUGGUCUCACUUGGGAUAAGAUCAAAGCGCUUCUAAUGGUAAGCUUGGUUUAAGUGUAGAGUUAGUUAAAGUCACUAUUAACAGCAUAAAACAGUACUAUAGUUAUAGCAUUAUGAUACGGUCCUACAACGAACUGACCCUGAGACGGCAGAGGACGAACGAACUGACCCUGAGCCGGCAGAGGACGAGUCGCCGGAGUUAGAUUCGGGUGGAAGAGCGCAAGAGGAGCAGCAGCCGCCUCAGUCCAUCGCAGCGACGAAGCCUGCGAGGAACAGAAGGCCGCCGGAGAGACUUGGCGAAUUUGUUCCCAAAUAAGAGUCUUGGAGUCGUGUUUUUUCUUUUUGUUAUUUUUAUUCGUUAUUUUUAUUUCUAGAAUAUUGGCUUGUUAUUAUUUAUUUUUGCAAUUGAGUCGAGCGUAAUUAUAAGCUCCGUCGGGUUUUCUUGUUGAUUCUUUCCCGAUGUUAGGAUUAGGUCGAACCAAACCUAGGGUCCAUAGAAUAUAAAUAGGGAUAUUUUGUUCAUAACCAAGGAAUGAAUAAAAAUAUUA